CACACAUUGAGGUAAUAGAGGCGAGGGAGAAAGGGUUUGCUUGGCUUGGGUGAGAGCUUGCAGAGGACCACCACUCCGAUCCAAUUCUCUAGCCGUUUCAGCCUUCUGAUUCGGAUUGCUUUGCGCCUUUGAAUCUCUCGACGAACGUUUCGCGUCCGUUUCAGGAGGAGUCGCCGUCGUCUCACAGAUCUCGCAGUCUGGAGUUCAGAUCACACGAAGUGGAUUGGCUCAUUUCAGAGCAAACAGGACUUCAUUGAUGUUGUUGAGGUAUGCUGUUACUAAUUUCUUGGAAGCCAGGUGGAGGUGGUUAUCCUUAUUUUCUUGUGUUGAGUAUGCAGUCAUUACACGCAAAGUUUGAUGUGACAUGUUUAUCUUUUAUGAGAGAUUUGUAGAUAUAUCUGGGGGUGGUUAUGCAGAAAGGGAAGGGGUGGGUUUGUUCAUGAAAAACGUUUGACAACCUGUGAAUUAGAGAGAUGAGGAAAAAUAGGGUUUAUUUGUUCUUCAAUCAAACACCUUCCCAAAGGAUAGGGUAGAAACUAGGUAUUUGAGUUACUUCUGACCAAAUGACCUUAGCAGAAGCACUUGACAGCAUGUAGGGUAAACGGAAAGUAAGCUAUAGGCAAGUACCUAGUUUUGUGGCAUAGGCGGAUCUACAUACACUGAAGAAGGGGGCAAUCCCCCCUGGGCUUGAUGCUUUCUCCAACAUGGAAUUAACUUGCUGAUUACAUGGUAUGUGACCAAAAAGAAAGAAUGCAAUUUGCAACCAAACUUGAAAAUCUGAAACACAGUUGUGCUUACUUUCAAUAAAUCAAAUGUCAUGUUUUACCUUGCUUUGAUUACUGGCAACAAAAACUGGAUUAGUUGAUUGAUGAUUUGAAUAUCACUACAGAACACAAACAACCUUGAGUUUCUCAAUCAUGUGAGUUUGUGAUUUGCAUUAGGUUUUCGCAUCAGGUAUGCAUAUAAUAUAAGACCUUAGAAACCAAAAGGAGGGAUAAGGAAAAAUCCUGUGAAGUGGAACUGAAUCUGAAGGUGACAUCGAGGGGGAAAAAAAACCGAACAAAGCAAUACACUGAGAAAGAGAAACCCUAGAGAAAGGGGGGAGGGAUCACAUCACACGAUGUUGUCGGGGUCGAGGCAAAUGUGGUCGGUGGAUUGACCAAAGCGAGGGAUGAGAACUUUGUCAAUGGUGUCUUUGAUGAUGGAAUCGACCUCUCUUUUUCGAAAAUGUUGUCAACAAAUAAUUCAUUCUUCUUCCCCUCUCACUCUCUUUCUCUGGUUCUUUGAUUCUCUCAGCUCAGAGCCGUUGGUAUUUUGGAGUAUUCAACGACGAUUGAGUAUUUAUCUAAAAAAAUAACAAAAUCAAGUAAACUGACUUGGACUCAGCUUCUUGUGAUUUUUACUUCCAUAAAAUUAAUUUAUGUCAUGUAAUGUUUAAAAAUUUAUACCAAAAUUAUCCAAUCCCUUACUUUACUGGUUUUACAUUACAAUUGCAUCUAUUGGUAUUGUUUAAGUCAAAUUAUACCAAUCAGGUAUAAGGGUAGAAAAAUGUAAAUUCAUAAAAUAGUGGUCUGUCUGAACUUUCAAAGUUUACAUUAAGAGAUAUUAAAUAACAGUAUGGUUUUCAUGUAAAUUACUUUAAUAUUUUUUCUUCUUUCAAUGGCUUGCUCUCAUUUACUUAACGUGUGUAUAUAUACACACAAGUAAAAGGAAAAUAAUGAUGGUUAAUUGCCCAAGCUUUUCCUCAAUUUCUUCGAUCAUUCUCUAGAGAUCUCACCCAAUUUCAAAGAGCACAAGAUUAUAAUUCAACUGGGAAUCUGCAAUUUCAGCAAAUCCUUCUAUCAAUGAUGUAGCAACAAAGCGUGACCAUACUCAAUUUCUUUAGAAAAAUGACUGUUGUAAUUCCCCAUCUUUACAUCUUACAUUUCCUAGGGUUUUGCUAUCUCUUAUUGAUUACUUUCUAUUUGGUUGAUCUAUGAAUGAUUCAAUUGUUCUUGGAUGCUGGUCUACAUGUCUACCUUUCUACAUAUGUUCAUAUUGAGUUAAUAAACGGGUUGAAUUUAGUUGUUCCACAUGGGUUAUGGGGUUGGGGUUAGGGAUGGGGUUGGGAUUUGUUGGGGAUUGGUUAUGGGGAGGGGGAUAGAUUGUUCUUUUGUCUGGGGUUGAUGCUAUGUUUUCUUUCUUUACCCAUCCAGGAAGGGUUUUAAAAAUUCAUUCCAAAUAAGAAGUAUGCCAGAAAUUAUCAGGUUCAUCCCUGUAUUGCUUUUAUCACGAUCAAAACAAAAAUCAGUAUGUUUCUUCUCGAGACUUAGACCAGGAGAGAGAAUCACCUUGAAGUCUGGAUUACUGGUUUUUCUUCAUAAUUAAUUUUGAGUUCUGUCCAAAACAGUUGUUUUAUUGGAUGUUUGUAGUUAUUGACAUGGGGAUGACCUGAACCUCUUGAGAGGUAGGAUUACUGGAUGUUUUUGGAUAUCUAUGGGCCAUAUUUGUUGUGUCCAUUGGGGAAUGAUAUACGAGGCCCUAUUCUUAUGCAUAGUGAGUUUGCCUGGGGCUGCUUAAGUCAGUUUGAUCUACAUAGAGUAACCUUGAAUUCACUAUCAUGUUAAACUGGGAGAUAUUUGUCUCUAAACUUUGUUAGCUUCCUUUUGCUGUUAACUUCCAGGCUGAGAUAUAAGCACAUGACUUUUGUCUGCAGAAUAACUGCAGGUUUUAGGACUCAUUGUGACUGUGGCUCAAGAUAUAACCAAUAAUUCUUAUUCAAGGCUGUACUUAUUCAAGACUUAUAGGAUCGUAUAUUUCUAUUUCGAGUUUAAUUUUCAUGUGUUAAAUCUGAUCAGUGUGAUAAAGUUUGGAAGCUCCCAGUGCGGAAAUAUUCUUCUCUGAGUAUUCAUUUGAGUGGAUGAUCUGCUUCCAACUUCAAGCUUUAUACCCAUUGCAGAUUUAUUAUCUUUCCAUAUAAGCACAAGUGUGAUUGGCUUUCAUUUUCCUUCAAUGCAAUAUCAUUUCAUCUCUUAAUUGUGGUCUCUGUUCCAUAUGACUAGUCUUCACUCUUCAGUUUAGCAAUUCGUGGUUUCUUUUUUUUCCAUACUAUUUUUAGAUUUCUUUUCCACUCCAUGACAUUUUAAUCUCCAGGAUUUAUAUGCUCUUCCCAUUGGGCUCUUGUAUAGUGAUUGAGCACCAUACUGAUGGUCCAUUUAUAUCUCAAUGGAUUUUAACUCAUUGUUUUCCUUACUCAUGAAUGAAAGAUGAGAGGGAAUGCAUAAAACAUGACAUUUGAUUUAUUGAAAGUAAGCUUUGCUGUGUUUCAGGUUUUUCAGUUUGGUCACAAAUUGCUUUCUUUUCUUUUUGGUCGUAUAUCAUGUAGUCAGGGAGUUGAUUCCAUGUUGGAAAAAGCAUCGAGCAAUAUGGAUGGAUGUGUUAACUUUUAUUUUAGGACCAAUUUUUACUAGGUUUUUGUUUGAGAUGUGUGGGAUAAUUGUCUUCUGAGAAUUGUAAUAUUGCUGAAGUUGGUUAUGUUCCUAAUACUUUGUUUGGGAGCAAGGUAAGGUAAGGAAGGGAAAGGUUCAUAAUAGAAAGGAAAAAAUAACAUAAAAAUUGUUACUCACCUCUUAUUUUGAAAGAAGGAAAUAUAAAAAAAAUAAUAAAAUGAUAAAGAAGGAAAUAUAGAAAGGAGGGAUGGAGAAGUAAAAGAAAUAAAAUGAUAAUUAUGGCCUUCACUUGCAAAAUAAAUUAGUAAAGUGCAAAACUUUUGACUGUAACUACAAUGUGUUGUAGCUUAUUACUGAGUUGUAAAAAAAACUCAAAAAUUGAAUUUAAUGUCUGGGUCAAUUUGAUAUAUAUUAGGCAUUUAAACAAUAUAUAUAUAUAUAUAUAUAUAGUAAGCUGUUGAAUAUACUGCCUUGCAGUUAAAGACAGCUUUUCACAUUUCAAACACAAAUAUAUUAGUCCACUAGAGACCACAGUAGUUGAUCUUUUGGAUUGAAGCAAUCUAAAUCUGAAUAGAUUUUAGAUUGUAUUAUUAUGUAUAUUAUAAUUAUUUGGGUCUUUACAUAAGAUAUUUUAUGUCAAAUUAUAAAAGAAUAAUGAGUGAUUCUUUCCCCCUUUAUAAGAUUUAUAAUUGUUAUAAGAUUUGAAAUGUUUUAGGCAAUGUGGUUGUGAUUCGCGAAUAAGCUUGUAGGCAUUUUUGUACCUUCCGGAUGAAAUUGGGAUCCACCCCCAAACCAAUCAAGUAAAUGCUAGAUUUCAUUACCAUGAGUUUUGAAUCCAUUAUCGGUUUAAGGCCUGUUGGCUGGUAUGACAUUAAGUAUGCCUAAUUGUUUAUAGAAAGUUGGGAAAGAGGGAAAUCUUGGUGAGUCAUUCAAGUGGAAGCAUUCUGUGUGUGCUUGCGCUCUACAUGAGCUAUAUGGUUGGUGUUUUAAUCCUUCAAUGUUUUUAGUGACACAUUACAGUGCAAUUAGAUGGCUAGUAGAAAACGAAGCAAAUCAAAUGAGACAGAUAUCAAAGCUCUCCACAAAGAAUGGGAUGAGGCUUUGUGCCCCAUUUGCAUGGACCACCCACACAAUGCUGUUCUGCUCCUGUGCUCUUCCUAUGAGAAGGGAUGUAGAUCUUACAUCUGUGACACAAGUUACAGGCAUUCGAAUUGCCUUGAUCGAUUCAAAAUCCUCAGAGAAGAUAACAAGAGCAGCCUCCCUCUACCCACUUCACUUAGGGGCCAACAAGAAACUUCUACUAGAAACUUGGUUUUAAGAAUAACUGACGCAACAGAACCUGAUCGGAAUGACAUUAUUAAUGAAAGCAACAAUGUGCCAUCUAUUGAAUUGACUGGAGGAUCGGGUGGGGCUGACCCCACACUUGCAGAUCUGCAGUUGGGUAGGAAUUUGGAAGUGCAAGGAGAAGGGAUUUCUUAUGCAGGAGAUUCUGAAACCCUGUGGGAAAGAACUAAUCUGGAAGCUUCCAGAGGAGAGAAUUCAUCUGAAAUAAAGCUGGACUUGAAAUGCCCUUUAUGUCGUGGAACUGUAAUGGGCUGGAAGGUUGUGGACGAAACUAGAAAGUAUCUCGAUCUGAAGCCUCGAAAUUGUUCCCACGAAUCAUGUUCAUUCUUUGGUAGCUACAGGGAAUUGCGUCGACAUGCUAGGAGGGUUCACCCAACAGUCCGGCCUUCUGAUGUGGACCCAUCAAGACAACGGGCCUGGCGUCGCCUUGAGCGCCAGAGAGAAUAUGCUGACAUUGUCAGCUCUAUCCGGGCAGCCAUGCCAGGCGCUAUUGUGCUUGGGGACUAUGUUAUUGAGAAUGGAGAUAGGGUAAUAGUUGAAAGGGAUAGGGCUUCCAGUGAAGUGAAUGGCCCGUGGUGGACUUCAUUUUUCUUGUUUCAGAUGAUUGAUUCGAUGGAUGCAGUUUCUGAGCCAAGGGGCGGCAGGUCUAGGGCUUGGUCAAGACACCGCCGCUCAACUGGAACUUCUGCAAGGCGCAGAUACCUGUGGGGUGAAAAUCUGCUGGGUCUACAAGAUGAUGAAGAUGAUGAAUCCCUUGUCAAUGUAUUAAGCGAUACUGGUGAAGAUGGGUCUCUGAUCCCAAGGAGGCGCAGGCGUUUGACACACUCUGGGUCUGAUGAAGAUCAGUGAUGAGAAUGUUUAUGCAACUCUGUGAGAAUCAUCCAGUUGUGUGCAAGAUUGCAGCCUAACAAACAAACAGGGGCCCUUUCCUUGAAGCAAGUUAAGAGCCCUUUUGAUAUCAGAAGCCCAUUGGGGGGUGGGUGGUGUGGGGGUCAGAGCCACAGGUGAAGGGGGAAUAUGGUUGGAAGUAUUUAGGUUUGUUACAUACAUGUACAUCCUUUUUAGUUUUGUUGCAUGGUGUUGUGUGAUUUCAUUUGGCGUGAGUUCACAUAAAUGCCGUUUGCUGCUCUGCUCUGCUCAUGUUGUUUGCAUGUAAUGGCCUCAUAACAACCACUAGUUUCAUCUCUUUGUUGUUGUGUUAAGACAACUGACCUUAUCAUCCACGGGUUUUAGCC